GUCAUACAUAUGUUCGGUUCAAAUGCUUUAAGCAUUUUCCUUCUGAAAAUGGUCAUGAAAAAACUGAAAAAAAACCCUGAAGUUUGAAAGCUGGAAGCUUGCAGAGUAAUUGCUUAACACUACACUAAAAGAUUCGAAGCAAAACAUACGGAAAUAUUGACAUGUAUAAGCAAUCUAGAAUCUGUGAAUGCAUUCCCUCUCAAACCUCAAUCUUUCAUCUUAGGUAAACCAAAACCUUUCCAAAAUAGCAUUUAUCCACCUGGCACAAACCAAACUGGGAGAGAUAAAUAAACUUGUUUACCAAAUAACUUAAGCUGUUCUGUCGACAUCAGAAUUUAUAAUUUGGAGGAGGAUCUGUAAAUGUCAUCCUCCAAAUACUGCUUUUUUUUCUUGGAACCAGAAAAUACAGAGGUUUGGCUAAAUGAGCCGUCUUGUGUAAGCUUCUUCUAGGAACCGAAAUGAAAUGCCUGUGGGUAGGAAAGUUUGUGUUUAACCACCAAUGUAGAGAUUAUUUUAGUAACUUUCAGUCCAAUAAAGUAAGCAUAAGUAAAAAUCUAUCACUGCCUUAUGAACAGCCAUCAUGAAGCCUCAAAAUCCUCGAUAGACAGCAGGGAGAAGGAGAAUGAAGCCACAAAAUCAAAACCUUUGCUCAAGCAGCUCAUACUGCAGGGACUUUCUGGAAGUUUAAUCAGCUCAAAAGAAAUGAAAUUGCACGAUGAGCCGGGUCUUAUUAUUAAAGAGAAACCUACAGCAGAAUAACUACAAUGAGCAGGUGGCCCAAGGUGAAUACACAAGUCGCUCUGAAAAUCUUUAUCUUUACUUGAGAUAAAGACCUAAUAUAGAAUAUAAAACUGUAACCAGAUAUUUACUGAUACUUUUUAAAAACUGUCUGGCAUUAAAUGAGGCCAAACAUUACGCUUUUAAAUGAGAAUAAUUAACAUUUGCCAUAUUUCAAUUGCUGACAGCCGGCAUUCUGUGUCAAGGCAUCAUAGUGGUGAGUCUCCUGAAAGUCUAUUGUUAUGGUCCAGUGAAUUUCUUGCACAAAACCCAAAGUAGAAAUGGCAGUGUGGUAAUAGUACAGAUCAUUUUCAAAUAUUGGAGAAUAUUUUUCCGCUGUGUAUUAGGAUUGUGUUCAAGGUUUUAACAAACUAUAAUAGAUUUAGUAUCUAAAAAAAAAUAGAAACAAACAGACAGAUUGCAAAGUGUGAAUCAGUGAGAGGAGGAGACCAGGAUGGACUGAAUAAGCCAUUUGUUUGUCUCUCUGUUGUCCUGCCUGGCCUUACUUGGUGCCUGGCUUCCAGGGUCUCUCCCGCUGCCUGUAUCGACCUCUGCCAUCGUCGCAUUGGCAUUUUUUUGCUCCUGUGAGAGCAACUCUAAAGCGUGUCUUUAUCUCGACGUCUGGAGAACUCGCUGUAGGCCUGACGAUGCAGGGACUGGGGAAGACGGAGAGAGGAGAGCAGGGACGCGACAUCGACCUGGCGUCGAUGAGAUCCACCAUGCCAGCCAGCGGCCCGCUGCAGGGAGUUUCCACACCUACCUUGAACAUGAACCUGUAUGCUACCAAGAAGACAGCAGCUGAAGGCAUGCUAGACAUCGCUCUGUUCUUGGCUAACAUCACGCACAUGAAGACUGUCAUUGAACAAGGAGCAGGAUACAGGUACUAUGCUGCUGUCCUGACGCUCAUAUCCUUCUCCCUGGCUCUUCAGAUAGUUGCCGGCGUUUUGAUUAUCAUAAUAGGCCGUCGGGAUCUGAACAACUCUACUCUGCAAAGACGUCUGGACUACUUGAACAACAUAACAACCAUCAUAGUCUUCAUCACAACAGUCCUCAACUGCUUCGUCAGCACGUUUGGCAUGCAGCGGACUGGAUACUUCCCAUGGCUAAUGAUGCGCAUUCAUUAACGCACACAUCCGCUCUACAGAAGCUUAUGACAUUUUUUUUUGUUUUUGCAAAUUGGUAACUUUGCUGUGUAACUUUUUAAUAACAAACCUCGAGAGAAGGUGGCUUGGGAGGGAGAGGCGCUAUGCAGCAGUGUUUAUUUAUCAAUUAGCCUAAUAAUUAAUUAUAGGCUUUUUUUUUUCUCGUAUUGAGAGUGAAUACUGGAGAAAUCUAGACAGGACAACUCCAAGCCUCUACACUACACACAACUGUGCCAAAAAAGAAGGGAAAAAAAUGCACAUAUACUAAUUCUGCUGCUGAUUAUUUCUUUCCAGAAACAUUCCAUCCUCCUUUCUUCAUGCAGGAAAAGUUCAAUGAAGUGAUAGAGCUGAUCUCUUAAUUUCAGUUGCAUCAACAACACUUUUUCUACAGCAUUUUGUUGUCGUUGUUGUUGUAUUCUUGGAAAAUCCCAGCCAAUUUCAUUUGUUGAGUCUCUGAAUGUAGGCACUGUGCAAUCAUGUGGUCACUAAGCAUUUUCUCUUUUCUUGCAGCUAAAUACUUGAAGAAAUUCUACCCAUUAAAUAUCACUUUCUCUCUCGAUAUAGAGCUAUAUCUAUUUAUAGAAAAAUGUGUAUCUAGAUAGAUAGAUAGAUAGAUAGAUAGAUAGAUAGAUACACAUGAAGAUAUAUCUCUAUAUCUAUAUAUAGAUAUACUGUAUAUCAAUAAACCUUUUUAUAUUUAGCUGACUUUAUAAAUUGAUAAUAAAGACAAAAGAGAAAAUUAUUGGUGACAGGGCCUUCAUUUAAAGACUGUAUGUAAAUUAGACUAAGAUCAACUGCUGGUAUUCUCUCAUCAGGUUAUUGCAUUACUGACGUCAGUCUGUCAUGUGACUAAGCUUUCUUGUACACUUCAAUAGUUCCAUACAAGAAUGCAAAUGAAUGAAUUACUGUUAAUGCCAAAUAAAGUUUCAUUUCACUCAC